CGGUCACGUGACUGUCGCCAUGACAGCUGUCGAGGCGGCAGUGAGCGCUCUAAGGUCGCCGUCCCUCGGGACGCUCUGUUCGGCGGUCCUUUCUCGCAUCCGCUCUCAGGCCCUCCCACCUGAGCUUCGGUGGCGUCCCUAGAGAGGCAGGGCAGAGACGCCGGCCCGCCGCGCCGAGGGGGGCCGCGCAGUAGCAUGGCGGCGGGGCGGCUCGGGGCGGCCUCGCCCUAGACGGGGCGGGGCCUGGGGGCGGCCGCUCCGGAGCCUCAAAGUUUGGCUGUGGCGGCAAAUGGGCUUGGGCGGCUCCUCUGCGGGCGGCGGCGGCGCCCGCGGCGUUUGCUCCUGGCCCCAUUAAUGUCGGGGCCCGGCCCGGGGAGGAUGGCGCCGUAGAGCCUGACCUCGCUGGGGCUGGGGCAGCAGGGCCGGGGCGGGCACCGGCCAUGUCGGAGGGGACCCGCAGUCUGCUGCAGCGCUGGGGCGCCAGCUUUAGGAGAGGCGCCGACUUCGACUCUUGGGGCCAGCUGGUGGAGGCGAUAGACGAGUAUCAGAUAUUAGCAAGACAUCUACAAAAAGAGGCCCAAGCUCAACACAAUAAUUCUGAAUUCACAGAAGAACAAAAGCAUUUUUUUUCCCAACAGAAAACCAUAGGCAAAAUUGCAGCAUGCUUAGAAUUGAGAAGUGCAGCUUUACAGUCUACACAGUCCCAAGAAGAAUUUAAACUGGAGGACCUGAAGAAGCUAGAGCCAAUCCUAAAGAAUAUUCUUACAUAUAAUAAAGAAUUCCCAUUUGAUGUUCAGCCUGUCCCAUUAAGGAGAAUUUUAGCACCUGGUGAAGAAGAGCAUUUGGAAUUUGAAGAUGAUGAGGAAGAGGGUGGCGCUGGAGGAGGGUCUCCGGACUCCUUUCCUGCUAGAGUCCCGGGUACUUUAUUACCAAGGUUGCCGUCAGAGCCGGGCAUGACAUUACUCACCAUCAGAAUUGAGAAAAUUGGGCUGAAAGACGCCGGGCAGUGCAUCGAUCCCUAUAUGACAGUCAGCGUAAAGGACCUGAACGGCAUAGAUUUAACGCCUGUGCAGGACACUCCGGUGGCUUCAAGAAAGGAAGACACAUACGUUCACUUCAGUGUGGACAUUGAGCUCCAGAAGCAUGUGGAGAAGUUGACCAAAGGUGCAGCUAUCUUCUUUGAAUUCAAACACUACAAGCCUAAGAAGAGGUUCACCAGCACCAAGUGCUUCGCUUUCAUGGAGAUGGAUGAGAUUAAGCCUGGGCCCAUUGUGAUAGAGCUCUACAAGAAACCCACUGACUUUAAAAGAAAAAAGUUACAGUUACUGACCAAGAAACCACUUUAUCUUCAUCUGCAUCAAACUUUGCACAAGGACUGAUCCUGACCCGAGUAACCUGGAGCUCCUUUCAAUCUCAGCAGCCAGUAGCAUGAAUGAUCGCUCUGCGGAUCUUCACUUCCUCGGGCAGGGAGUGGGCUCUGCCCAGCGAGGCCAGUGAGCCCUUGGAUGGCCGCACGGUAGGCUAAGUCCGGCUGUUGCAGAGCAGAAGACUCCUUUGGAUGAUGGCUUAUUGUAGGUGUCGGACGUGCUCUUUUCUGUUAAUUGUGCAUUAAGAAUCUGUUUUCCAGGUUACCUCUGCCCUGCCUGCUUCCUGGGACAGUGCUGAUGUGGUAGGUGUCCUCAUCUCCACACCCCACGUGGCAGGAAGAAUGUCUCGGGUUUCCACCUCUGCUCCCUUUUGACCCGGUGUGUGCUCUGGUCGGAGUGGACCUCAGGCUCCGGGAGGUGGGUGGGGUGGUAGCAGGUUGUGUGGAGGAUCUGGACCAGCUGUGCUGCCGGAGGUCUGUGGGAAGGGGACAGGCGGCUCUCCUGCUUAGAACAGUGUGCCUGGCCCAGGUCAGUGUCCCCAGGCAGGCACAGUGUUCCCAGAUGGUGGCUGCGAUUGUUUCCCAGAUAACCAGAUUGUUUUUCUGAAAAUGAGCAUAUUUUAGUCAUGUUGAUUAGCUGUUCUGCAUCACAUUGUCUUUUUUUCUGAUUUUAGUUCGCAUUGGAAGCGUCUCAGAAUAAACACAUUUCUAGAUGGGUUUAUAAUGUCUUGUAGGUCAUGUCAUCCAAAAAUAAUUGCGUCUGAUACUAAUGAGAUACUGCAGGAGUAACUGCUGAUUUUCUGACAACUGAUUGUGAAACCUUAAAACCUGAAUACCUUUACUUAGAGUGAUAAGUAUGCAAAAUCGGCAGACUUUCUAUUUUUUUAAUAUAGGUAGAUAGGAUUGCCUUUUAUUUCCUAUUCAGAUAUAUUGGCAUUCAUCCACAUGAAAGCGUGCAGGUCAUUAGCUUAUUAUAAUUUUGACCAUUUACAUUACUUUUGACUUGAGGAGGCAUAAACUGAACUUUCAUAGCACAUGAGGUGAGUAUUUGAUACACUCGACAUUAAGAUUUGUGAUGGGCUUUCUGUGGCUUAGAUGUGGAACCCACAUAUUUUAAUUGUCACUAUUUUAAACCAGCAGUGCACGAGGGAGUAGUGCCAGCUCCUAUUUUAAACGCGUGGGAUAGCCUAGGUAUAGUGGUCAGCACGUUCGCUUUUCAUAGUCAGUAACCACAGCGGAGUUGUGUUGCCCUUGCACUUCAGGAGACCUGGUCUACUUCCGAGUGUCAGUCAGGCCACUUCUGCUCACUAGCUGAAUGCUAACACAAACGAUGAGCCUGAAAGAGUUCUCAACCAAAUUCAGUCUUGUCUUUCACCUUGACUGAUAAAUCCCAAAUACUAAAAUGACUCAGUCCAGAGUAGCUCUGGGAGAUGAAGAAUCUGCCUUAAGAAACUGCUUUCUUUUCACUCCGCUCAGCUUUGGAGUCUGCAGCCCCCAGGCCGUGAGCUCCUCGGGGCGAGAACCCAUCCUCUGUGUCGUGCACCUUUCCUUCCGAGGUGCUUGGCAGCGCUGUAGCCUGUGGAGCUCUAACACACAACCCCGAAGCCUACUAUUAAAGUGUAGCAAAGCAGGCGUACUGUCCUCCUUUCUCACACACUGCGAGAUGUGCGCAGCUGAGUGAUCUGCGUGGGCAGCCAGUGUACUGCAUGCGAGUGUGCUGCAGCUGAACCGCACAUGCCUUGCAGCAGCAGUGAAGAAGCCGGACCCGAACAGUAUGUAGUGAGUUGGGCAUGCAUACAGACCCAAAUGAAGUGACAAAAGAUGACCCUGUCUAGAAGCAGUGAACGGAAUACGCCACAUCCCACAAGGGACUGAAAUUCACUUUCCAGCGAAGUCAGCCAGUGGACAGUGCCCACAACGGGAGUGGAAGUGCUGCUUUCUGAGCGAGGCAGUGCAGUAGGGAAACCCAGAAACAGCCAGCUGGAGCUGACGUCUGAUACAGGGGCCAGCCUCCAGUGGGAAGCCGGGUGCUCCACCUGACUGCCUGCCUGGGGUGAUCUUGGCCACAGGAGUGGCGCAGUCGGGUGGAAUGAGAGGCGAGGGUCACCCUGGUGCAGACCUGCUGGGACAGCUACUCGGGAUCUCCAUGGCUCGCUGACGUUCUGGGACAGGAUAUAGAAGUACCAAUGGGAUUUAGGGAGAAUGAAUCAAAAAUGAGAUUUACCAUUCCUACUUCCUAGCUGCAGUGUGUGCUCUUUAAAAUUAAAACUUAUGUU